GCCCAUACGGUGCCUUUCUCCCAACUCCUAUCUCAUCAACUCAAGAGAGAGAGAACAAACUAAAACGAGAUCAGAGAUGACGCAGAUGCUUUCCAUACUCCGCCGCAACCUCCAAAACCUUCGUAAGAGCCAACGCGUAGCUGACGAGACUGAGAUAGCUUCGACAACACAAGGAGCAGGAAUAGUAGCUCAUAACGAAAGACGAGACGGGACUAGUGCCGUUAUGAUGCGAUUCCCUUUCUCGAUCAUCUCGUGCUUUGCCGUGCCACGUGUCAGCGGGACAGAUAGACUAUGGAUGUCUGGAGAUUAUGCCAGCGUAUCAGAGGUUAACCAUCUCAUGGUUAGUGAUGGCAUGAGAUACGCCAUUUUAAUGUAAUAACCCCAAGUCCAAACAUGUUCGUAGAGUUUCGUUUUUUUUUAUGUUAACAAUACACUUAUUUAUCUUCUCGACCAUCUAUGUGUACAGUGUUAAAUCUAUGAGAUGUAGAACACGUUUUGUUCUUGUAUAGAUAGAUAUUGAUGAAGUUUUUGUGUUUGUGGCAUAAGUUAUGCUUCUUAAUAUUUUCCCCACACUUAUUCUUCUUUUUGUUCAA